AUGAGGCAGCACAUGGCGAGAUACUUGGCGGAGCAACGGAGCUUGAUGCGACGGGGAUAUUAUGCCUCGUUGUCCCGGAGCCAGCGACGAGCGAAUCGGCUCUCGCAGGAUGGCGAAGGGCAACGGAGGGAGGCGUCCCCUGAGCUGCAGCUCCUUGCGUCCCCACUGAUCCCGUCGGAAGGGUCAGUGGGAGCCACAGUAUCGCCGCUGGUGUCUUCUGGGGCCAGCGAAUCCGACAGCGACGUGGUAAUGACAAGCUGGGAGCCAGCCCCCAAGAAGGCUCGACCAGUGGCGAAGCGGCCAGCGAAGCGGCCCUCAACAGAGGCGGAGGAGCGACCGACGGUGAGGCGGCCACCGACAGACGCCGGGGAGCGGGAAGCCGAGGCGAAGCGGCCAGCGAAGCGGCCCUCAGCAGAGGCGGAGGAGCGACCGACGGUGAGGCGGCCACCGACAGACGCCGAGGAACGGGAAGCCGAGGAGAAGCGGGUCGCGGAGUGGCGGCGGCGGAUCGCGCUGGAAGCAGCAAAGGAGGCGCUGCGACAGCUGCAGGUCUGGGAGGACGCGCGGGCGCUGGCGAAGAGUCUGAAGGCCACGCAGGAGGCGGAGCAAGCGGCCGAGGAGGCCAAGGAAAAGGCCCGGCGGGAGGCGGAGGAGCACCACCGGACGUGUGUGCUGGAAAAGGUGGCGGCCGAGUUGCGAGAGAAGGAGCGGCGGAGGGCCGAGGAGAAGAGCCGCGAGGAAGAGGCAAGGCGGGGCGCAGAGGAGGAGGAGGGUCGGUGGCAGCCGUUGCCUCCGACGCCGGGGCCCGAGAGCCGAGGCCCGGCCACGGCAGAAGAAGAGUGGCAGGAGCGACUACGUCGGGCGGAAGAGGAGGAGGAGGGCCUGUGGCAGCCUUCCCCUACGACCCCAGAGCCCGAAGACCGUGGCCAGGCCGAGCCGGACGAGGAGGAGGAGGAGCUGUGGCAGCGACGACCGCGGACCGAGGAAGAGGCGAAGUUCCCCGAAGGAGGACGGGGGCCCCAAGCCUCGUCCCAUCAACAGCGGCCGGGAGCGGACGCCUCGUGGCAGCAGCAGCAACACCAGUGGCAGGGACCACAAGGCGCGGUGAUCGGGCCGUACGUAACGCAGGAGGGAGCCGGAGGCUCCGGAAGAAGCGCGGGUGUGGGAGGAGACGCCGGCCCGACGAAGCAAUGGCCGCGACCCAAGGGGACGGUCGGCGGCAGCGGAGCCAGCAGUGGAGCCAGCAGCGGAACCGGCAGCGGCGAGCGCGACGGCAGAGUCGGCGGCGGCAGCGGAGCCCACGGUGGAACCGGCAGAGGCGAAGGCGGCGGCAGAGUCGGCGGCGGCAGCGGAACCAGCGACGCCAAGCGCGACGGCAGAGUCGGCGACGGCAGCGGAACCAGCAGCGGCCGGUGGAACCAGCAGCGGAACCAGCAACACAAAACGCGACGGCAAAGUCCACGGCGGCAGCGGAGCCCACAGCGGCCCACAGCCCAGCGGAACCAGCAGCGGCCGGUGGAACCAGCAGCGGAACCAGCAACACAAAACGCGACGGCAAAGUCCACGGCGGCAGCGGAGCCCACAGCGGCCCACAGCCCAGCGGAACCAGCAGCGGCCGGUGGAACCAGCAGCGGAACCAGCAACACAAAACGCGACGGCAAAGUCCACGGCGGCAGCGGAGCCCACGGUGGAACCGGCAGAGGCGAAGGCGGCGGCAGAGUCGGCGGCGGCAGCGGAACCAGCGACGCCAAGCGCGACGGCAGAGUCGGCGACGGCAGCGGAACCAGCAGCGGCGGCGGCAGAGGCGACGGCGGCAGAGGCGGCGGCGGCAGAGGCGGCAGCGGCAGCGGAGCCAGCAACGGCGAGCGCAGCGGCAGAGACGGUGGUGGCAGCGGAGCCAGCGACGGCAAGCGCAGCGACGACGGCAGCGAAGGCGGUAGCGGAGCCAGCCGCGAGCGCGGCGGGAGUAUGCUCACCUGA